AUUAAUUGGACGCUGCAGGUUAUUGGCUGAAUGAAGCUGCAGCCGAGACGAAGCUGCAGAAGAAGAAGAGCAGCAAGCAGAAAGCUGCAUCCUCCUCUAACAUCCCAUCAUACGGCACGUCGCCACGGAAACACUGCAUCCGCGCUGUCACAGGGAAUAAAAGCAGCAGGAAGAGAAAGAGGAGGAGGUCUGCAGGACCGGAGGACCGGAGGAUUGGAGGGAGGCUGCUGGAGGUCUGAGCCCAGCAGAGCUUCACCUACUGGGGGGCGAGCAGCAGCUGGACCCUGCAGGGAAACAUCUGGAAGCUUCAAACAUCUGGAAAAGAGUCCAGCAGCGAAACUAAUCCGGAUGGAAACUGCAGCAGGAGGAUUUCUGAGGAUUUAUUCAGAGAACAAACGUUAAAAACCUUCACCUGUUUGGAUUAUCAGACCUGGAGGAGCAGAAACGGAGCAUAAAGACUCUUUGGAUGCAGGUUCAGGGACGUUUCUUUGAGGAUUUAGUGGUUUUUCAGUUUUUGUUUCUUUUCUGGGAUCCUGGACCUGAAAUUUCAUCCAAAUCUCAACCUUAACCUUCGUUUCUGGUCUAAAUCAGCAGAAAACAGCUGCAGAGAAGCUUCAAAAACCAACAGGAAGGCUAAAUUUACAGAAAUAUCACAGAAAAGUCACAUUUCUUUGGCAGUUUAAGCUGCACAUCACCUUAUUUUUGAUAUUUUAUCCAUCAUUAUAAGAGAAUUUAUCAAUUUUAUUCAAAAAACAAGAGAGAAAAGAACAAUUUGGUCAUUAAUUUUUCAUCGCUUAUACUCAGAAGUCUCUUAUUUUCAAUAUUUUAGCUGCAUCAUUUUUAAUUUACACUUUGGAUUAAUAAACUUUUAUUCGUCACUUUAAGAGAAAUUCACAAAAUUGUUACAAACCAAAAGUUUAAAACUACAUUGAGUUCAAAAUAUCACAUAUUUAGGGCUGAAAAAUUACAUUUCCUAUUUUCUUCAGCUGUUUAAUCUUCACAUCAGCUUAUUUUUAAAAAAGUAUUUAGCAUAUUUUAUCCAUUAUUCUGAGAGAAUUUAUCAAAUUUAUUUUACAAACAAAAGAGAAAAGAACAAUUUGGUCAUAAAUCUUACAUCAGUUUGACUCCAAUAUCACUUAUACUGAUCAUUUUUGUUGCUGUUUUUAAAUCUUACACUCAUUUCUCUCAGAGAAAAUAUGAAAUUUACUGAAAACCAAAAGAGAAAAACUACAUUUUGUCCACAAUUCUGAGAUAAUUCAUCAAAUUUAGCUAAACCACAAAGGAGAAAAGGACAAUUUUCGGUCAUUUUCGCUGAAAAUUGUCCUUUUCUUUUCUGUCAUUGCUCAUUUUAACUGCAUGUUGAAUAAUUUUUUAAUCCACACUUUGAAUAUAUAAAGUUUUAUUCGUCACUUUGAUAGAAUUUAUUAAAUUUAGUCAAAGCCUAGCAAGAAAAACUAGAUUUGACCUGAAAAAUCAUAAAAAACUAGAGAGAAAAGAACAAUUUGCUUGUAAAUGUUCGAUCCAUUAGGCUCAGAAAUCACCACUUUAGCUGCAAGUUGCAUCAUUUUUUAAUCCACACUUUGAAUUUAUCCAUCGCGCUUGGAGAAGUUGUUAAAUUCACUGAAAACCGAGAGAAAUAUUUUAUAUUUUUGGCUGAAAAAUCACCUUUUUCUUGCUUAUCUUUGGUCAUUUCAGCUGCAAACCUCCAACAAACUGGUUUAUCUGAGUUUAAAACCACUUCAACUGGUUGAUAUUUUAAUAAUUCUUCGAUUCUUAAACUAGUUUGAGCUGCAGAGAUGCAGAUUUAGUGGAAAACCUGCCAAAUCUGACACCUAAAAUCUAAUUUUAGCGGCAGAGAUUCUGUUCAGUUCUCUGAAAAACUCCAACAAACUGAAGCGAAACUAAACUGGAGAGCAGAAAUUCAGUGGAUAAAAAUUUAAAAUAAACGCUGUGAAGAAAAUGUCUGAGAAAAAGGGAAUUAAAGUGGAAAAUAGAAGCUUGAGCUGCUGGGAAAAACGUUUUGUGGUCAAAUAGAAAGAAAAUCAAAGACAGAGACUGAUAGAAAAGAGUCAAAAAUCUAAAACUGACCGAUUUCACAGAAAACUCGAUGAAAAACUUUAAAACACUUUAAAACUCUAAAAUACUCUUUCAGGCUCCAAAACACACAUUAAGUCGAUUCUGCUCAAAGUUUUAUUCCAUUAUUGUCACAUUCAGCUGCUAAAAGUCAACAAACACAAAAAGCACAAACUUUUUCAUGUCAGUUUCUUUGGUGUAAAACAUUAAAUGCUUUUAAAAACAGCAAAAAUUUGGAGGAAAAAUCCUUCAAACAGCUGCUAGAAUUUAUUAAAAUUAGUCAAAAACACAAAAAACUAACUUCUGUCUCAAGUAAAAAUUCUUCUGUCAAAUAAAUUAUUAAAUGAUUAUAAAAGUUAUAAUAAAAGACAAAUUCAUCCAAAUAGCAGGUAAAAUGAGUCCAAUAUAUGAAGCACAAACUGUUUUUAUCUCAAAUAAAAACUCAAUUUUUAAUGUAGUUUGUUAGUCAAUGAUAAAAUCACAUUUUAAAGUUCAAAUUACGGUCAAAUUUAUUCAAAUAGCAGCUAAAAUAUCAUAAAAUCAUUCCAAAACUGAACCACAGAUUGUUUAAUUGUCAAAUAGAAACUCGUUUCUUGAAAUAAUUUGCUGCAUGGUUGAAAAAUAACAUUUUAAAAGCACAAAUUUGAGACAUUUAGAUGCUCAAAUUUACCCAAAACACACAAUACAAGCAUUUUUAUUUCAAAUAUUAGGUCUAACAUCACAUUUUAAAGUAGAAAUUAUUAUAAAAAUCAUAUUCAACUGUUAUUUUGGUGCUAAAAUAUCCUCAGAUCAGUCAAAAUCUGUUUUUUAUCUCAAAUAAAGCAGUUUUUUACAUUAGAUGAUUAUAAAAUUAUAGUUUAAAGCACAAAUUAGGAGAAACUUUCUUUAUACAGACUAAAUAUUACUCAAAUUUAACCAAAACAUAACCUAAAAACUGUUUUUAUUUGGAAUAUAAAGUCUAAUUUGAAGGGAAUUGUUGUAAAAGAUCCUCAAAUUUUUGAAAAAGUCAUUUUUAAGCUUUAAAAGGAACUAUAUUGUAAAUGAAUUUCAUAUAUGAUUAGAAAUUCGCAUUUUAAGAGAUUUUUUUACAUUAAAUUAUUAUAAAAUUAUGGUUUAAAGCACAAAAUCGGAGACAUUUUCUUCACACAGACUGAAAUUUAUGCAAAUUUACCCAAAACAUAAACUAAAAACAGUUUUUAUUCACAAUAUAAAGUGUGAAUCCCAUUUUAAAGCUGAUAUUUAAGGAAAAUUGUUGUAAAGUUUAAUAAAAUUAGUCAAAUACUGAAGCACAACCUGUUUGUAUCUGAAAUAGAAAAAUAGAAAUUCACAUUUUAAAGUAAAAAUUAAAAGAAAAUUCCCUUUUAACUGGUAUUUUGGUGCUAAAAUAUCCUCAGAUCAGUCAAAAAAAAUGAAGCACAAAUAGUUUUAACGUCAAACAAAACAGUUUUGUUUUAUGAAAUUAUUAUAAAAUUACAGUUUAAAGCACAGAAUAGAGGAAAGUUCCUUUAAAAUCAGGUAUUCAGGUGCAAAAGACACAUUUUUCUUGUUAAUUUUAAGUUAAACUUGAAUAUUCAGGUACAUUUCUGUGAUUUUAAAGCACAAAACAAACAGCAGCAGCAGCUGAUCUUUAACAUUUAAAUAAAAUAAAACACUUAUCUGGAUUUUAAACAAUAAAUGUUCACUUUUAUUAGAGUUUGUUGAAGAUUAUAGCUAAAAAUAAUCUGUUUUAUUCAGAGAAAUACACUAAAUAGCACCAUUUUAGCCUCAAAAAAAUUGAGUUGAGAGAAAUAUUUUAUAUUUUUGGCUGAAAAAUCUUUCUUCUGCCUUUUAAGCAGCACGUUUCCUCACUUUUAAAAGUAUUUCUGAUAUUUUAUCCACCAUUCUAAGAGAAUUUAUCAGACAAAUGAGAAACGGGCGAUUUGGUCCAAAAUAUUUUAUAAUUUUAGUUGAAAAUUGUCCCUUUCUUUCUUUUUGUUUCUCAUUUUAGCUGCUUGUUGCAUCAUUUUUUUAAUCUAAACUUUGAGUUUAUGAAGUUUGAUCCAUCACACUGAGAGAAGUUAGAAAAUAUUACACAUGUCUGGCUGAAAAAUCACCUUUUUCCUGCUUUUCUUUUGUCAUUUGAGCAGGAAACCUCCAAUAAACUGAUUUAUUUGAGUUUAAAACCACUUAAACUGGUUAAUAUUUGACUAAUUCCUCAACAUUCAGACUAGUUUGAGCUGCUAAAUCUGACUAAUUUUAAUUAAAUCUGCUAAAUUUGACUAAUCUUUGCUGCAGAACUGAGUCUGCAGACUGGACUGUUGCUGAAUAGAAUUGAAUUAGUGCUGAAAGCUGCAGGACUCCAGAUAAAACAGCCGUCGUCUUUGUCUCUGCGACGUCUUUUUGUUCUCGUCUUUCUUUUAAACCCUCAGAAACACAGAAGGGUUUUUUUUCUUUAGUCUUUGGAACAGAAGAAAUACUCGUCUUGACUCUCAGCUGGAGGUUUUUCAUCACUUUUCAAACAAAAACUGACGUUUGAGGCGAUAAAAGCAGCAGAUCUGCAUCCAAGAGACUCUUUAAAGCACAUGUGAGGUUUAAGAUGAAGUUUGAGGAGUUUUCUUGCUUAAAAUCCCAUUUUUUCCAGGACGCGGCUGGAUUUUGAGGAUUAAACACCGAUAAAUGCAGCAGAAGUUUUAAAAAGCUGCUCUGAUGUUCUGAAGCAUGAAUCUCUUAUUUUGACCUAAAACCUGAAUGAAACUUUGCAUUUAGUUUCAAAUAAAAGUUUGAUGUCCAACCUGAGAACGUCUCUGGAGGUCAAGGUCAGACGGAUGUUCAGGUUUCUAUGACGACGCUGAGCGGCAGGAGAUUCCUGACGGAGCUGCAGAAAUAAAAGGUGAAUAAACUGUGAGGAGAAGAAGAUCAGAGCCACCAUGGGCUGCAACAUGUGUGUGGUGAAACGUCCGGAGGAACAGUACCGCAUCAUGUUCCAGCAGAAAGGAUGGACCAACUCUCUGCGACCGAUGGACCGACAUGGAACCCUGAAGGCCAGAGGACGACGACCUUCUCAGCUCCCAUUGGAGAGAAGCCAGAACUCCCAGGAGCCUUUGCAGCAGCCGACUUCAGUCCGUAAGAGUCAAAAGAGGAAAGGUACGCUUGUCUGCAGUGGAACAGGAAGCUCCUCCUUCUCGUCCAUCGCCAUGGUAGCGAUCCCCGACUGUGUGGACGAGGCCACGCAGACCGACAUCAGCUUCCAGAACUUUGUUACUCUGAGCAGAACCAGAGGUCACCAUCAUCAUCAUCAUCAUCAUCAUCACGGCCGAGGCUCCUCCCCCCCGCCACCUCCCCCGUCUCCCCCCCUCCCUCACCUGCUGGGACCCUUCAACGAGUUUUGUGUGUUUGAAUACAACGACCCCAACGACUAUUUUGACGUGUCGAAUCAUGAAGUCGAUCGACAGGACGACCUGGAGUACGAGGAGGUGGAGCUUUACAAGUCCAGCCAGCAGGAGAAGCUCGGUCUGACCGUCUGCUACCGGACCGACGAUGAGGAGGAUCUGGGGAUCUACGUUGGAGAGGUGAAUCCGAACAGCAUCGCAGCGAAGAACGGACGAAUCAGAGAAGGAGACCGAAUACUGCAGAUUAACGGAGUUGAUGUCCAGAACAGACAGGAAGCCGUCGCCAUCCUGACCCGAGAGGACAGCAUCAACUUCUCCCUGCUGUUGGCCAGACCCGACACCGAGAAUGAAAACGUUGUGGAUCCGGAGGACGACACAGAGCUGAUGGAUGGAGUAGAUUUACCUCCAGACCAUCGGGCCUCCUUCACCUCCUCCCACCUGUCUGGAUACUACCGGCUCCACCGGCCAGGACCAGGACCAGGACCAGGAGGACCAGAAGGAAGUCCGGCUGAUCCUGGGGGAGGCAGUGAGGGAGUCGGGGGUGAAGAUGAUGAUGAUGAGGAUGAUGAGGAGGGCCGGGGUGAGAAGGAGGACCGGGAGCCUCCAGUGCCACUGCCCCCCCUGCUGGGUCUGGCUCCUCUGCUGUCCACCAGCCAGGACCUGGACAGUGGAGUGGGUCGGACCGACGACAGCACCGAGCCCGACCUGCUGGGAGACCAGACCAGCACCUGCAACACCAACACCACCAACACACCGGGCAGCACCAGGAAGUUCAGACCUGGACCCAGCCCCAGGCCCAGUCCUCGGCCCAGCCCCGGCCUCGGUCCCAGCCCCAGACCGAGCCCCAGUCCUGGGCACGGCCGCGGAGACACCACCCCUCCGUUCCUCCACCUCCGGGAGCUCCAGCUCAGCUCCGACUCGCUGCACGGUCUAGACUGGACCCCCGGGGGAGGACCAGCGGUGUUCAGCCCCCACUACCACCACAGCAAGCACUACCACCACCUCCACCACCAGCCCCCACUGACGAUGAUGAUGAUGAUGCCGGGUCUGACGGAGGAAGAGUGUCGGCGAUACCAGGAGCUGCUGGAGAUAAAGUGCCAGUACGAGAGACGCAAGCAGAGGGAAUCGGCGACAACCGAACGAGGAGACGCCGAAGGAGACCUGGAGGACCAGCAGGGGACAGCAGCACCCGAAGUGGAGGGUGAGGCUUCUUCUUCUUUGGUGGUGGUGGACGUGAACUGCAACGAGACGCUGAGCGAACACGAGAUGGUGCUGAUCGAGGAGGAGGUGCGCCACCUGGAGUUCAAGUGUCGCAACAUCCUGCGGGCGCAAAAGAUGCAGCAGCUCCGAGAAAGAUGUCUGAAGGCCUGGAUAAUGGAGGAGGAGACGGCGGCGAGACCUCCAGAACCAGAUCUGGAGGACGAUAACGACGACGAUGACUCUCACCACCACGAGCUGUCGGCCAUCAACGAGCUGCCGGAGCGCGACAGCAGCAGCGCCUACAACACUGGCGGCGAGAGCUGCCGCAGCACGCCAUUGGUCAGCACCGAGCAGAUCCCGCCCCUCCAGGAAGACGAGGACAGCGAGGCAGGAGGUGGGCGGGGCCUGAUGUCUCCCCUCCUCCCCUUAAGCCGCCUCCCCUCUCUGAACUCCCCCCUCACCCCCCGACGUCACCGAGACCGAGAGCGCCGCCACUCCAACCUCAGCUGCUCCUUCUCCCCAAGCACAUACAGGAAGUACGAAGCAGCCAAUAGCAGCACGGCAAAUGGCUCAAGCUCCACCCCCUCCACACCUUCAAAGUUCAGAUCGCUGAGCAGGGAGGUGGCAUCAUCAUCUAGGAGAGCUGAUGGAGGGCGGAGCUCCAGAGCAGGUGGCGUCCCCAGGAGGCCUGAUGGUGGAAGUGCAGAGUCAAGUCCAUACUUCUCCAGAAGGCGCCACAGUAAACCUCUGGACCGCUACCAGAGCUGUAUGACGCUGCCGUCUGAGGGUCUGGUGGAACCUCUGGACCGGGUCAGGGACCGGGUCGGGGACCGGGUCGGGGACCGGGUCCGGCCGGAGGGCGAGGACAGAGGGAUGGGAACCGGCAGCAGCGGCCUGGCCAGCCCCCGCAGCAUCAACAGCGCCCCCUGUCCUCUGGAGGACCAGCAUGGAGGGGCGUCCAGGCUGGGGCUGGCCUUACCGCUGGGACUGACCCAGUCGUCACCAACCACCUCACCACAGCGCAUGGAGUGGAAGGUGAAGAUCCGCAGCGACGGAACUCGAUACGUGGCGAAGCGUCCGGUCAGAGAUCGACUGCUGAAGGCUAGAGCCUUGAAGAUCCGAGAAGAACGAAGCGGCAUGACGACGGACGACGAUGCUGCCAGCGAGAUGAAGCAGGGUCGAUACUGGAGCAAAGAGGAAAGGAAGCAGCAGCUGCUCAGAGCCCGAGAGAACCGAAGACGAAGAGAGUUCAUGAUGCAGAGUCGCCUGGAUUACCUCAGAGGAGACAGGGAUCCUUCGUGUUCGUCGUCCGGAGUCGCCGAUCAGCUUCAGAACAACAACAACGUCCUGCUGCUGAGCCACAAGAAGCUGACGAGGAGGAGGAACCGCCGAAUCCUGGACAACUGGAUCACCAUCCAGGAGCUGCUGGCCCACGGAUCCAGGUCUCCGGACGGGAAGAAGAUCUACAACCCUCUGCUGUCCGUCACCACCGUAUGAUCGGAGGAAAACUCAGGAUUUACAGGAAGGAGGGGAAACGGUGGAUAAACCUCAAAUAUGAGACAGAAACUGAGCUGAAGCUACGAGGAGGACGAUUAAAGACCUGAAAAGUUCAAAAUAAACCCUUAAAACUGUGAAUAAACCUGGAACGAGUUUUACAAAUAUUCAUGUUAGAUCCUGAAGGAAACACCAGAGAGGAACCGACAUCUUUCCUUCAACCAUCUGAGGAGUUCCUGGUUAAUGUUUCAGUGUAAAGUCCUGCAGCUCUGUGGAACUAGAACAUGAAGAAGAACCCAGAAAUGUCCUCUGUCAGCAGUUACAGUAAAUUAGAAUUCACUUAUAAAUAUUUAACUAUUUACAUCUGUUCACCAUCUGUAGAAAGAUGUUUCACCGUACUGAAUCUCCAACUACUUGCUCCUCUGUUCACUGUUUCUGAGCCAUGCUGCAUUUAUUUUAUUCAUCCAGUACCUUUGAUUUUCGGACUAAAAUCGACCAAAACCAUUCAAAACUUGUCCAAAGUAACAUAAAAUUGUCCAAAUUGACUCAAAAAUGGUCCAAAAAUGUCCAAAAUGACUCAACAAUGGUUGAAAAUAACUCAAAAACACUGCAAACUUACUUGGAAGGGCCUGAAAAUAUCUCAAAAUUUGUCAUUUUAAAAAAGAUUUAAGUCAUUAAGAUCAGUUGAAGUAAUUUUGGAUAUUUUUUAGGCCACAUUUCAGCCUCUACUCAUCGUCAGUAGAAAGAUGUUUCUCCAUGCUGGAUGGAUCUCCAACGACUUGCUCCUCUGUUCACUGUUUCUGAGCCAUGAUGCAUCUAUUUUAUUCAUCCAGUAGCUUUGAUUUUCCUCCCAGUCUAAGUAACACAAAGUUGCUCAAAAUGACACAAAACUUCCUCAGAAUACAUCCAAAACAAUGCAAAAUGACUUGAAACUCGUCCAAAAUAACUCAAAAAUUAUCUCAAAUUGCUUGAAACAUUUCCAAAAUGACUCAAAGUGUGUUUAAAAUGUCCAAUUUGAGUCAUUUUGAACAAUAUUUAGUCCAGUUUUGAAUUCUCUGCUCAUCAUCUGUAGAAUGUUGUUUCACCAUGCUGAAUGUAUCUCCAACAGCCUGCUCCUCUGUUCACUGUUUCUGAACCAUGCUGCAUUAAUUUUAUUCAUCCAGUAGCUUUGCUGUCCCGUCUAAAAUUGUCCAAAACUAUUUGAAACUUGUCCAGAGUAACAUAAAAUUGUCCAAAUUGACUCAAAAUUGGUCCAAAAUAUUUUUUAAAAGUCCAAAAUUAGUCAAGAAUUGUUCAAAAUAACUCAAAAAUGGUUCAAACUUACUUGAAUAGGCUUGAACAUAUCUGGAAGUUUGUUAUUUUAAACAAGAUUUGAGUCCUUAAGGUAAAUUGAAGUCGUUUUUUGUUUUUUUUAUUGAUGCAGUAGCUUCAUCUUUCUUCACAGUUUCUGGCUCUGAUAAAUGGAGUCAUUUUGGUGACACCAUUUAUCACCAUUUUCCCAUGACUUUUGAACCUGCCGGUGGGUUUUGGGGUUUAGAUGGUGAGAAUGUCCUGCUAAACUUAGUAAAGACACAUGUGAAGGGUCUUGUUCUGGUUCUGUUCCCUCCUUUGGACCUUAUGGAGAUGCUCUACAACAGACUGGCAGGUGGAGGCUGAUCUCUGAAGCUUUGGUCUCAGAGUUUCUCCUUAAACUGUUUUAAACUGCAGGAACAAGAUGGGAACUUUUGACCACGUUCCAACUGCAGGCACAGUCCCUUGAGAACCUGUUUUAGGCCCCUUUUUUAGGGAAAAGAACGUAUUAUGAAGCGUUUUUUGAAGACGUCCUCCACUGCAGCAACAAGGUGUGAUUGGGGGUGACUCUGCUGGGGUGUCAGGACUGCAUUAUAACUACCUGAUAAGUGGUGCAUUGGACCUCCUUCCAUGUUUAGAGGCAGCAGAUCCGCAUCACUUUCCACUGCAGGAGCUUUAACAUCUUUUUAGGAUCACUUUACUACAUGCUUCAACAACAAGAACUGUUCCUGUAGAACCUGUCAGGGUUGUUUUCAGAGGCAAAUAAAGUGCCAACUCUGUGUUGGGUACUUCUGAGAAACUGUUUUCCUGAUAUUCUUCAUUGAACAUCAGUACUGCAUCAUAAGUAGCUGAUAAGUGGUGCUGUAGACCCCCUUCCAUGUUUAGAGAUGGCCGUUCCCGGCUGUUUUUUGUGACUGGUGGUGAAACUGUCCAGAGAAAGAUGUCAGGACUGCAUCAUAAAUAGCUGAUAAGUGGUGCUGUAGACCCCCCAUUCCAGGCUGGUGUCCAUUGCAUUAACUUGUGUUCUGUUUUCAGGGUGGAUUUACCAUUUUUGUGUGUUCUGACCACAAGAAAUGUUUCUCUAGAACCUCUUUCGGUGGUUAAAAAAAAAAAAAAAAAAAAAAAGUAUUCAUACUGCGGUACAAACUUCUUCUACUUUACACUGGUCACUAUUACCUCUUGUUUCUGCUUGUGAUGUCCUUACAUUCUUCUCUGUUGUUCCAUUUCCUACUUAGAACUGGCAUGAGGUCCAGGAACUGCUACUUGUUGCUGGUUUUCUACCCACUUCAAACUGUUAAAUCUUGCACAGCAGAGUUCCUCCAGUGGAAAGCUGCCUCUUGUUGUCUUCCAGAUACAGCAUUUACUGGUGGUGCAUCUGUAAAUCAGUUCAAACUGAGGUGAAGUCGCAUCUGUAUGAAUCAAAAAUGCAUUUGUGCUUAUUCCAAGUCUUUCCUAAGAGAGGCUGAAGGGUUAGAAAAGAAAAAAAACUCUAGAAUUGGUCAGAGAUGGUACACAGCAUUACAAGUACCUGAUAAGUGUUGCUGGAGAUCCCCUUCCACGUUUACAGAUGACUGUUCCUGGUCAUUUUCCACUGCAGGAACUUGGUGUAAAUAGUGGUGAACCAGCCUGGAGAGGAAAAUCAAGACUGCAUCAUAAGUACCUGAUAAGUGGUACAUUAGAUUCCCUUCCAUGUUAACAGAUGGCAGCUCGUCAUAAUUUCCUACAACAGGAACAAGGUGGGAUUGGUGUUGAAACUGCCCAGAGAUGAACAUCAAGACUGCAUCAUAAGCACCUGAUGAGUGAUACAGUAGACCCCAUCCCGCUGAUGAAAGAUGGCAGUUCCUGGUCAUUUUCCAUUGCAGAAACUUGGUUUGAAUAGUGGUGAAAUUGCCUGGGGAAAAAUUUAAGACUGUACCUGAUAAGUGGUGCCACAUUCGUCAUCCCUUGUUCAGAAAAAUGGCCGUUACAGGUCAUUUUUACCGCAGUAAUUUAAACAGUGGUGAAACCGCCCAGAGACUAAUAUCAGGACUGCAUCAUAAGUACCUGCUCAUUGCUGCCUCCUGUGGCUAAAACUCCUCAUUACCAGCAGUGGAAUAUGGGAUUAAUGUACAGAAAUUUAUAGCUGUGAUGCUGAGAAAUUAGACAAAUUAUUCAAAGUUUUAUGAAGACACGGUAGAAAACGGACCAACAGUGUGAACCGAGGGGAAAAUAUUCCACUUUUAUAUCCGUCUGUUUUUGAUUUUUUGUAAGUUAUCUUAAAGAGUUUCAUAUCUUGCCUUUUAAUCAUUUGUGAAAUCACAAAUGCCUUUGAAAAUGGUAUUUUUUAACAUUAUUAUGUGUUAAACUGUCGAUAUUUAACAUCAAACUAGAAUUUUAUACAUUUUGUACGUUUUGUUGUGAGUUUUUCCUGCAGGAUGGUUCACAGUGAGGUCAAGGAUUCUGGACCGAUGUACAACGAGAUCAGAAAUGCAUGAGUUUUAGUACUGAAUUAUUAUUGGAUAGAAUUCUUGUUGUGUACAAAAAGCCUUAUUCGGACAUUUUUAGUAGUCAAAGAUGUGAAAGUGCAAAACAAUUAAAGUUAAAGUGAAAGCAGAA